UCUAAGGUUUUCCCUUUUGCUCUCGCGCUCUGUGUUGCGUCGCUGCUCCCCCUCUGCCCUUCAUCGCUGCGCAUUGCUGGUGUUGUUGUUGUCGUUCUUUUCGCAACUUCAAUUCCAGGUUCUCAGCCAUGGUGCGCAUCAGCGUCCUCAACGAUGCCCUAAAGAACAUGUUCAACGCUGAGAAGCGCGGCAAGAGGCAGGUGCUCAUCCGCCCUUCCUCCAAGGUUGUCAUUAAGUUCCUCUCCGUCAUGCAGAAGCACGGAUAUAUUGGAGAGUUUGAACUGGUUGAUGACCACAGAGCGGGGAAAAUCGUGGUGGAGCUGAACGGUAGAUUGAACAAGUGCGGUGUUAUCAGUCCCCGGUACAAUGUCGGGGUUGGUGAACUCGAAGCCUGGACUGCCCGACUUCUUCCAUCUCGUCAGUUUGGAUACAUUGUUUUGACCACCUCAGCUGGCAUCAUGGACCACGACGAGGCUAGAAGGAAGAAUGUUGGAGGAAAGGUCCUUGGUUUCUUUUACUGAGGACCUGAUUUUGAUAAACCCAGAAUCUCUACCUGUGCAUAGGUUUGAAAGAGGGUUGCAUGCAGUUAGUCAUGGCAAAUCUGUCAAAGAUGUGGCGUCAGAGUCGGAACAAAACAUAAUACGAAAACGUAUCGUUUCACAAAUUUUGGCAUCA